CCAACAUGGCGGCGCUGGGGAGAUGGAAGAUGUACCUUUCUGUUCUCAGGAGUAACUGUCGUGUCAUCCUGACUGAUGUGAAGCCAGUAGCCCAGAGAGUAGGGAUGCGAGCGGCUUUCUUCACCAGUGUAGCCUCUUUAACAGUGGGCACCACGCUGUGUGCAGUGCCAUUCAAACAGGUGGAGGACCUCUGUCAUGACUCCCUGAUCAGAAGAGCAGCGUCUUUAGUCACAGACAGCUCCAGCACUCUCCUCUCUCAAACCACACUCGCACUAAUAGAGGCCAUCACACUCUAUUCAAAGGCGGUGCACACACUCGUAGCCCUUCAGAGGAGAUACUUGGAUUCUGUGGGGAAGCUGAGCCCAGCUGACGAGGAUGCCGUGUGGCAUGUCAUUAUCAGGCAGAGAGCAGAGAUAAAUGAGAGGAGGGAGUACUGUGUGCGUUUGAACACGACCUGGGCCAGUGCAGUGCGGCUAUGUGAAGUGGCCGCUGAAGCCGCCUUCUCCUCAGGGGCGGAGCAUGCGUGCGUCACCAUUAGAACCCACCUGGAUCUGGCCCACGGUCAGGUGGAGGAGGCUCGGAAGCUCUCCACAGAGGCUGACAAACUGUUAAUUCAAACCAAAGUGCUUGAGGUGGAGCGCCUGGCCUCAACACAAGGCCCCGAGGAGGAGGAGGUGCCCGAAGCCUACCUCAGAGAAGAUUAGAACAUACGGCAUAAAUGUGAAUAGGACAGCCACAUCCCCAUGCUCUGCUGCAUGUCAUAAUCAUGUCAUAUCUUUAUUAGCAGAGCCAAUAGGUUGUGUUCACAUGACAUCACAAUAUAGAAUUCCAAUAGUUGUUGUGUGAUGAUGUCACUUCUGGGCAGAGGGUGCAUUUCAAAGGGGUACACAAUACUUUUCCAUUAUGUGUCAUUAUUUUCUGUGUUAUUUUUUGUUUGUGGAGCUGAUCCCAAUCAAAUAAGGUUUGACAUUUGUGGAUCAUAAAUUUCGAUCUUUCUUUCAAAAACAGUGAAUCUCCCAUAUAUUCAUGGGGUUAAGCUUCCUGUUUAUAUGUGCUAUUUUGAUUACCUUUCAAAAUGUAUCAAAAGAUACAUUUUGGUGGUUUUCAGAUCCUAGAAACUGAUGAUGUGUCUCAGAUGGGGGUAAAUGCCAGUUUUCUUUAUUUACUUUGUACUUUACAUGAAAUACCCAAAAGAUAAAUUCACAAAUAUUGAACCUGAUCAUUUCUAUUAGAGACUAGAGCCAAGAUCUUUUGGAAAUUGUUCUUCUAUGUAAAGUGUCUUGAAAAGCAACGCAACAAUGCAAAUUUUUACAAUGCAAAUCUGCAUUUGAACAUUAUUCAUUUUAAAGUUGUGAUGUCAUCUGAAACACGGCCUCUGUAAUUUUUCAUCAUUCUAAAAGCUAUAGAUAAACUCUUGAACGUGAACACUGUUUAAUUCCGUUUUCCAUUUCAGUUUGGGAUGGGCUUUUUUGGCAAUGAAAAUCCCAAAUGUAUAUUAUGUCACAACUGUGGGAUAAUCCCAAUAUAAUCAGAUUAUAUUUUUGCCAUUCCAUUAAAAUGUGCUGAGUCCUGUCUGUAACUGUAACAGUCUUGGUUGAGGUUUGAGUUUUGUCCAAAUGUGAAUGUACUGAAACAUGAAAAAAAGUGAGCUGUGCCUUUAUACUAUUUAUACUUAUAAGUUUUUAGUUUAUUUUUAAUCAACUUUUUUUCUUUCUAAAGGUGAGACAAUAUACUCUAAAAGUGCAGGUGACCCAUAGCUAACAUAAUUAUGAAAUAAUUAUGUUGAAGAUUUUAUUAAACAUUUUGCCUAAAAUUGAUUAUUUUGGUAAAAUUUAUCAGUUUAUUUCCAGGUUGGACACUGUCAGUAGAUGUGCCAUAGGAGCGGCAGUAGCUCAGUUGGUAGAUUCAAAGGUUAAUGGUUUGAAUCCUGCUCUCGUCGGUCGAAUCCGCUGACCCACGGUUUAGUGGCAUGAUUCCAGUUUCCACAGAUUAAUGCUGUUGUGUUCUUGGGCAAGACACUUAACCCACAUUGCCCCUCUUGUCUGUGUACACUGGUGCGUGAAUGUGUGUGUGUGAAUGGAUCAGAGGUUUUAGCCUUGAAGGUGGAAAAACGCUAUGUAAAAAUAUGACCAUUAUAGAGGUCACAGUGUGACAAAGACAAAGUGUCAGACUUUUGUGUAAUGAAGGUAUUGUGGAUGGAAUUUUUUUGUGUUGAUGACAUCAGAGUAUUUUGUUUUAAGUUUUUUCUCCAAAAAAUGACACUUAACUGAUGUAAAUCUAUGAUAAAUAUUGACCACUGGAACUAUUUCACCAAACAAAGUGAAGGGUAUGACAAAUAAUAAAGCUUCUGAGUUGCAUUACAAAUACAUAUAUCAAAAUUAUUGAAUGCAUAUUGAUUGAAUAAAGUUUCUUAGGUGCAUCACAUCUACAUAUAUAUCUUUUGACACUGAAAUCAUAGAAGUUUUGAAUAUUGUCAUGUAACCACUAUUUGUAUACUAAAUUCAUGUAUCCUUUGAAUAUUGUACUCUUUUGAAGGUCAUCUAAUGGGCACCAUGUUCAUGCUAAAGUUUGAACAAUAUGCACUAACACCAAAAUUAUUCACUCAGUAUAAUAUUCCAAUAUUAAAGGAGGCAUUGUAAGAUGUGAGUUAUGGGGGGCAGCCGGUUCUUUGUAGAAACUCCUUUCACAGAGAUAAGGCAGCCGGACGAGACCCAAGGCCGAAAAACAAACCAGUGCUGCUCGGAGAAGUGAACGAGGCUGGAAGGAGGAACCAAGACGUCAACCUACUCAUCACAAUAUUUGCAUAUUCAUGUUACAUGUUACAUUUUAUCCUUUGGGGCCAGGGAAAAGCAGACAGACUGCCUGCUGCACAAACGAGGGAUAGAUCAUUUUGACCCCGGGUACUGUAUUAGAUUGUAACUGUCAGGGGAAUAAACUUUUGAGAUUUG